UAUUCGACCAUCUCCUUUUGUUCAGGCAUUAGCGGAGGGGUCUCAGUCGUGGAAAAAGCGCCAAGUUCUACAGCUGAAGACGCGGUUGUCAAGUUUGUGUAUAUUCAAAACGAAACUGCGUACUAGGGAUUGUAUUUUGCGAAAAUGUAACGCGUGCAUAAUAAGAUUCCUUAGUGAAUAGUUAAAAUGCCUGGACUGCAUAGUGAAGGUGGAGUGGUGGCUGCAGUUGGCAGUCCUGUGAAGAAGAGCAAACUCUCUCUAAAGUUCUUCCAGAAGAAGGACACCAAACGAGCCCUGGACUUCUCAGAGGCCCCGGCAGAAGACAACGGCACUGCAGAACCAGAAGAGACUACUAAUCAUGACCAGGUUGUGCCAAUGCCUUGCCCUUCAUCUCCUCUCACUUGUGAGAAGCGUGAGAGCCUUGUCCCCUUCGUUGGGCUUAAUAAUUUGGGGAACACUUGCUAUCUGAACAGCAUCCUUCAGGUGUUAUAUUACUGUCCUGGUUUUAAAGAGGCCAUCGAAUCGUUGUGUCAGUUGGCUAAGCUGAAAGACAAACAGCGAGAAGAUGGUGCCAAAAAUGAGGGGGACACUGGUGAGAACACCCUACCUGUUUCCAUGGAGCUGCUGGGUAGUUUCCACAGCCUCAUCUCUUCUGUGGAACAGUUGCAAUCCAGCUUUCUGCUUAACCCAGAAAAAUACAGCAACGAAGAGCUUGCCACACCACCUCGCAAGCUGCUUAACACGCUCAGGCAGCUUAAUCCAAUGUAUGAGGGUUACUUGCAGCAUGAUGCACAGGAGGUGCUGCAGUGCAUCCUUGCUAACAUCCAGGAGGCCUGUGACAAUAUCAAAAAAGAGCAAACAGACAACCAGAAGGACAGCACAAUAAGUAAUGGAAUGGGGGAGUCCACCCACGAGGAUGAUGGGAGCUCCGAUGGCCAGUUGAGCGGAAAGAGAAAGAGUGACACGGAAGCAGGCAAUGCUAAGAAAAAGCCAAAAUCUCAAAGCAAAUCAAAGAAAAAUGAGGAAAAUGUGCCUAUGCCCCGCUCAAAACGAAAGUCCUCCAGUGACAUAACCACAGAGAGUUCUGACCAGAGGAAUGGAACAGAGGAGCAAGAAAAAGAGCAAGAGAAGGACAGAGGGAGCACCACAGAGGAGGAGAAGAAUGACAGUACCCCAAAAGAGGUGGGCAAGAGGACACGGAGGGGGAAGCUGGGCUGGUUGAAGCCAUCUGGGAAGCAGCCUAGCAUCUUCUCGAAGUUCCGCAGCAUGGGGCGAAUUACUUCACAUGUGGGAGGGAGAGGAGAGACCAAGGAGAAAUCAGAUUGUAGUGUCCAAGAGAAGCAGGAGAAGGAUACCUCUGAGAAUGAGAGCAGAACUCAAGAAGUUAAACAGAGUCUGGGAAAGAAUAAAGAGCAAUCAGGCCUGGAUGUGCUGAAGUGGAUGUUCCAGGGUCAGCUGGUGCUGCGGACACGCUGCCUGGAAUGUGAGUGUUUCACAGAGCGGAGAGAGGACUUUCAAGACAUCAGCGUACCUGUGCAAGAGAAGGACAGCAGCUCCUCUGACUCUGACAAUUCUCAGAUUUCUCCAGAUCCCAAACCUGAGCUGAAAACUCUAAAGUGGGCCAUAUCUCAAUUUGCAUCUGUGGAGCGGAUUAUGGGUGAAGAUAAAUAUUUCUGUGAGACCUGGAUGGAUCCUUAUGCUGGCCUUUCCAAGGUGAAUACUCCUCUGCAGACCCCUCUCAAGCUUUCCCUGCAUGAGUGGUGCACUCAGCCUGAUUCUCCGGACCAGAGCCAUCACUACGAGCUCUUCGCCGUGGUCAUGCACAGCGGAGUAACCAUCAGCAGCGGUCACUACACCACUUGCAUCCGCAUGAUGGAUCUCCAUCGCACCACUCUCAGGCUUCAGUCUCAGAAUGACCUACGACUUGGCAGCACGAACGCAGAUUUGAAUUUUCCGUUGCCAAUGUGCAUUAAGAAGUUAGUACAAUCUUCCUCAAUCUUUAGGAUGGAUCCUUAUGCUGGCCUUUCCAAGGUGAAUACUCCUCUGCAGACCCCUCUCAAGCUUUCCCUGCAUGAGUGGUGCACUCAGCCUGAUUCUCCGGACCAGAGCCAUCACUACGAGCUCUUCGCCGUGGUCAUGCACAGCGGAGUAACCAUCAGCAGCGGUCACUACACCACUUGCAUCCGCAUGAUGGAUCUCCAUCGCACCACUCUCAGGCUUCAGUCUCAGAAUGACGAUCAAGACCGAGACCGAGAGGAAGACACGAAACAGAAGAAAGAGGAGGUACCUCAAACAGAGUACGAUGACGGUGAGGUGUCUUUCAGCUUGCCUGGCAGGGGGCAAAAUGUGGCCAGAGUCAGCAUGUCCAGCAAAUCAGGAAGCAAGAGGUCCUCCGAGGGUGUUGGGCUUUUAGGAGGACAGAGAAGCGUCACCAGUUAUGAGCUCAGCAACAGCAAUCAAACCAAUCCAGAGAAGGCUUCCGGCUCGGCCAGUCAUGCCACCGGUUCUUUGCUUCAUAACACAGUGAAGAAAGAGACCGAGGAAGAGGGAGUUGAUGCUAUGGGCGACGGGACCCAGGUGAGUUUUGACCUCGCUCUGCGGAACCUUUUGGACUUUGAGGGAAAGUGGAUGCUGUUUGAUGACUCCGAAGUGAGACUCUUUGAAGAAGAGGACUUCCUCAGAGCCUGUUCCCCCGAGACAUGCUCCACCUCUACACCUUACCUGCUCUUCUACAAGAGAGUCUCUCAGUAAAAACAGCCGAAGGGACUCGGUUACGAAGUUUUACUGGUAAGACGUGGACUAUGAAAGUACGUUUGCAGGCAACUGAAAAAGCAAGUCAGGAUGUGUUAAUAGUCGAUAUGUAUGUUUGUGUAACAAGUGUCAGUGAAAAGCCGAUGUGAAUCUUUCAAGGCCAUGACAUUUGUUGCCACUUUUUUGUUUUACUGUUUUUGUACUUUAUCUUCUUGUUCAGUGAGUCCAUGUCAUCUGCUUUUCAGUGACCCUCAUGCAAACGCACCUUGGCACUUAUUGCAGCAGUGCAUGUGACAGUUUUCCUAUACUUUCCAGCAUUCCAUAGAAGCUCUAAUGAAUAGCACAAAAUUAUUUCUUGUGCACUGAAAUUUUAUAUAUUUUUAAAAAGAUUAAUUCUUGCUUGUUUGGGUUUUGUCUCAAGUAUGAAUUCACAUUUUUGAUUAAUAGCUUAAAAACCCAAAGUAGAUUUCACAUUAAUCUCUUCAUUUUUUGAUACAAAGCACAGGCAAUGUGUUUUGUUUCCCGCUGCAGACUAUUUGCACAGUGAGAAUCAAAUUUAGGUGGGCAACCUCGAAAGUACAGAGUGUAUAAUUUGUCUAUAAAUGACCACAGGGAUAAAGUGACCUAUUUUUCUAGGUUUAUAGUUUAUCAGCCAUACUUCAGUCCAGUCUAAGAAGCUUUUCUUUCCCAUGUUGUGAGCAGGCCCUGCUAUUACACCAAGAUCUCUGAGCAAUUAAUAAAACAAUUCACGAGAAUCUCUUACAUUCUGUUGUAUAUUUGAGGAGGCAGGGAAAAUGUAAUUAUUUUUCUAUUACCUGGUUAUGUAGAUUCUUAUUUGCCACAUUAAAAUACCAACAUAUAAAAAAUAAGUCUUUUGGUGCAGU